CACCCCAUUCCACAGAGCAGAAGGCUGAGGCCUGAGAAGGGAGCCAGCCUGCCAAUGCCUUCCUGGGGGGCCCUGUUGCUGCUCUGGGCUGCCGCACAGGCUACCAACGACUGCCCCACCGAGUGUACCUGCCGGGCCCUGGAAACCAUGGGGCUGUGGGUAGACUGUCAGGGACAGGGGCUCACGGCCCUGCCCGCGCUGCCUGUCCACACCCGUCACCUCCUGCUGGCUAAUAACAGCCUGAGCUCUGUGCCCCCUGGCGCCUUCGACUACCUGCCCCAGCUGCAGAUCCUCGACGUGACGCAGAACCCCUGGCACUGUGACUGCAGCCUCACCUACCUGCGUCUCUGGCUGGAGGACCACACGCCCGAGGCCUUGCUGCAUGUCCGCUGCGCCAGCCCCGAGCUUGCCACGGCCCGCCCCCUGGGCCAGCUCACGGGCUUCGAGCUGGGGAGCUGCGGCUGGCAGCUCCCAGAGUCCUGGACCUACCCAGGGCUCUGGUGGGAUGUGCUGCUGAUUGUCGUGGCCAUGCUGGGCCUGGCUCUCCUGGCCGGCCUCCUGUGCACUGCUACAGAGAUCUUUGACUGA